AUGCCGUUCAUUCAGAACGAGUUUGAUUCGCCCGUCAAUUUUGAAAAGACCCCCGUGGCCUUCGAACAACUCAUCGAGGACCUCAGUGCUGCUCUCGGGCCCAGCUCAGGUCUUGACUCUGACGAUGUUGAUCCCAUGAACAUCCAAUUGUUGAUGGAACGAUACGUCUCGAACCAGACAGAAUGGGGGUCAUAUGCUUUAAGGGAUCCUAGCCGGAGCUAUACGAGGAAUCUAAUCGACGAGGGAAAUGGCAAGAGCAAUCUGCUGAUCCUGGUCUGGAGCCCUGGAAAGAGUAGUGCAAUUCAUGACCACGCAAAUGCACACUGUGUGAUGAAGAUACUCAAAGGAAAGCUCAAGGAGACGCUCUACUCCUGGCCAGACAAGAAGAAGAUCGAGCGAGGGGAAACUUCCCCGCCACAGGUCACUCGGGAAACCGUCUUCGAAGAAAACCAGGUGACUUAUAUGUCUGAUAAACUCGGUCUCCACAGAAUUUCCAAUCCUGACCCAGACGACUUUGCCAUUUCACUACAUCUCUACACCCCCCCUAAUGCUGCUAGCUACGGCUUCUCUCUCUUUGAUGAAAAGACUGGGAAGUCAGUUCACAUCAAGCAAACCAAUUUCUACUCUGUCCGUGGUAAACGUCUGGAUGACGGACAUGAGUGA